UCCAAACAAAAUUCCCAUAGAUGAAAGCAAGCCUCCCUCCCCAAGAGCUUAUAUAUAGGAAUGGGCAUUGUAUCUGAUUAUGUAUGAAUCCAAGGUCAGCUUAGCUCAUUUUGCAUGCUACUAGCACUCUGUUUUUGCUUGCUUAUUGAUUAGUUUUGUCAGUUGGAUUGUGAUGGAAGGCUCGGGGUCAGGGUCAACAAGUUCAUACUCAAGCAAGAGUCAUUCUAUCGGGCCUCCUGCUUCUCCUCCUCGUUCUUCUUCUUCUAUAUCUGAGCUCUUUGAUGGGUGGGCACCCAAAUCUAAUGGGGGGCUUUUAGGGUUUGGCACAGAGUCCUCUAAGUCUGGUUUUGCUCAACAAAGGCCAGGGGUUAUGGGUAGAGAAUCAAAUAAAACUGAAGGGACUGCGACACAGAGAGGUCACUUUGAGGGGCAUUCUGUUGGAAAUUCUGCCCGGAAUAUGACUGGUAGCAAUUCACAAAAGUAUCAAAGCAUUCAUGGCAAAAGUCAGAGCUUGAGUGAUGCUUUCCUUGCUUCUUCUUUAUAUUAUGGAGGGCGUGAUCUGUACCAUGAUCCUUCAACUGCAAAAACAGAAGGGGUAAAUGGGCAGUUAAACAAAGAUAAUAUGGAUGAUGAUACAAACACAUCCAAAGCUUCAAGAGGCAAUUGGUGGCAAGGCUCACUUUACUAUUAAAAGUUCAAGUCAGAGUAAUUUGCCUACUGCAUCAAUUAGAAGAGGUACAGAUGACAAAUUGCUCGCUGCAAUCAGAAGCUCAAAAAAUUUAACAAGCUGUCAGACCACCAGCUAGUUGCUAUCCUACUGAACUGGAUUGCUCUCCUCUUUUUGUAGUGUGAACUGCAGAUUGUACAUAUUUGGUAGCUGCACUUUUGUUUUGAGUCCAAGAUUGUAUAUCUUUGAAUACAUAUCAGUAUGUAGACUUUGUUAUACUUGUAAAUAACGUAAUGAUAAUGCAGGGUAAGAGCCCAUUUUAUGUA